AGCCCAGCCCACUAAAGGUUGCCGCGAUUUUCAUUCUCUGGAAGGACAGAAGUUCAGAGAAGACAGACAGUACUAGUGAAAACCGCGAAGAAAGGAGCAAAAUAAUGCAAAGACUUGCGGCGAAGAGGCUGAUUUCUUCAAAACCCGCCGUCUCAAUCAUCAGAUGCACCGGUUCCCACAAUUUACUCACGUCUCCUGCGAAUUCAGGCGAUAUAAGGGAUCCUCAAACACUUUGUCGCACUCUUGAAACCUGCAAACUCUCCAUGAAUUUCCAAGCGGUACUACAAACCCACACAAGAGCCAUUGUAUUUGGGUAUGGAACUUACCCAUCGGUAAUAGCUUCUUUAUUAUCAACAUAUGUGUGUUGUGAUAGCCUCUAUCUUGCUCGUCGACUUCUUGAUCAAAUUUCUGUUAGGGAUUUUCAUAUUGUGACUCUGAACUUAGUGAUUGAGAGUUUAAUGACAAAGGGAGAAUGCGAUAUUGCGAAGAAGGUAUUUCAUAGCAUGCAUGUCCGAGAUAUUGUAACAUGGAACUCAAUGGUCGGAGGAUACGUUAAAAAUGGACAAUUUGAGGAGGCAUUUAGGUUAUUUCAAAAGAUGCUUAGCUCAAAUAUUGAACCUGAUAAAUUUACAUUUGCAUCCAUUAUUAGUGGGUGUGCUCGACUUGGAGCUCUUGAUCGUGCUUUGUGGGUGUAUGGUUUAAUGAUAGAGAAAAGAAUUGAACUGAAUGCCAUAUUAAUUUCAGCAGUUAUUGACAUGUACUCAAAAUGCGGUAGAAUUCAAACAGCAAAAGACAUUUUCGAAAGUGUUCCACGCAAUGAUGUGUGUAUAUGGAACGCUAUGAUUAAUGGGCUAGCCAUUCAUGGGUUUGGUUUAGAUGCCAUCUUGGUAUUCUCAAAGAUGGAGGUGGAAAAUAUUUUUCCUGAUUAUAUUACUUUUAUUGGACUCCUAACAGCAUGUAGCCACUGUGGUUUGGUUGAGGAAGGUCAAAAGUAUUUUGAUUUAAUGACAAGUCGUUACUCUAUUCAGCCGCGACUCGAGCAUUAUGGAGCCAUGGUUGAUCUCUUCAGUCGAGCUGGCCUUCUGGACGAGGCAUAUCUCAUGGUUGAAGCUAUGCCAAUGGAGCCAGAUAAUGUCAUAUGGAGGACAAUUCUCAGUGCUUGUAGAAUCCACAAAAAGCCAAAGUUGGGUGAAGCUGCAAUUGAAAAUAUUUCUCAUCCCAAGAGUGGAGAUUAUGUGUUACUAUCAAACAUGUACUGCUCUUUAAAGAGGUGGAAUAGUGCCGAAAGAGUGAGAGAAAUGAUGAAAAAAUCAAGAGUUCGUAAACUUCGGGCAAAAAGUUGGUUUGAAAUUGGGGGAGUCAUUCACCAAUUUAAGUCGGGUGACAGAUCUCAUCCUGAAACAGAAGCCUUAUACAAAGUCUUGGAAGGUCUGAUCCAACGGACAAGGUUGGAGGGAUUCACACCUGCAACAGAGUUGGUUAUGAUGGAUGUCUCUGAAGAGGAAAAAGAAGGAAAUUUAUUCCAUCACUGCGAAAAAUUGGCUUUGGCUUAUGGGAUUCUUAAAACUAGCCCUGGAACAGAAGUUAGGGUUUCAAGUAACCUUCGAAUAUGCCAUGACUGUCACUGUUGGAUGAAAAUGGUUUCAAAACUCUUAAGCAGGGUGGUUAUCGUGAGGGACAGAAUACGAUUUCACCGGUUUGAAGGUGGUUUCUGUUCUUGUGCUGAUUAUUGGUAAUCAUCGCUGUAAUUCUCAAUGAGCACAUGCUUUCUCAGACUAUGAUAGUUGAAUUGCUGAUAGAAUUGAAGGUGGAAGGAUUGAUCUGCUGAGCAAUGUCUUCCCUGUGUCCCUAUGUGCAUAUUGUGGAGCGGUUGAAGGACAAGAGUCCAGAAUGUAUUGACUAUUGAUUGACAAAGUGAUGACUGAUUGGAUGUAAAGUACUUGUGACCUGACACCAAAUGGCCUCCCUUUACCUUUUAAAUCACCUAGAAUGAUGAGAAGUGCAAUUCAGCUUAUCUCUUCAAACUGGUCUUAUUGGAAUCGCACAGAAGGGGCUGAUCACCUUUUUGUGGUUCCCCAUCACUUUGGUGCUUGCUUCCGUUAUCAAAAAACUAUGGCGGCGCAGCUUGCUGUGAAAGAAACUAGGGUUCAGGCCGUUUAGUGCACUCCUUGUUGGAGAGGACUCUGAAAGGAUGGUCGCUGCAAUCAAGGAUCGUCUUCAAAUGGCCAAUUGGUAUGAUCGAUAUUCGAUAGUAUACUAUUCGCUAUUCAGGUGGGCCUCUCGAGCUUUGAUUGUUAGGAAGCCCAGAAGCUCCAUCAGCUACUGGGCCGUGGAGGCCCAGUGGACCAGCCUCAUUCCCAACUAUCUGAAAAGUGCAGUUUUACCCAAUUCUAGGAAAA